AUGCCGCCCCCUGCUCACGCUAGCCAAAUGGCAUGUCAAAGCAACAAUGUGAAGAUGCUUCGCAGCACAAUUCCAAGUAUAUCUAAUGCUGGAGUAAGAUGCUUGUACUACGGUGGAAAUCAGUAUUUAGAAGGUUACCAGGAGAAGGUGCAUUCAUUUGCUGAAAGUGAUGAGGAGCUCUUGGCAUAUGACUGGUGUUGCAAAAAAGUGGAUGACACAGCCUUUUGUUCAAAAUACAAGCAGAAGAGAAUACCAAUAAACUGCAGAGACUACACACCUCUCUCCCCUGCUUGGAUGUAUGGAGACCCUCACAUUACCACCUUGGAUGGCUUCAGUUACACUUUCAAUGGUCUGGGAGAUUUCACCCUGAUAAAUGCCUCUGGUUCUGGCACCUCUUUUGUCCUUCAGGGCCGCACGGCACAGACUGGUACAGCGCUGGCAACUAACUUUGUGGCAUUUGCUGCUUUUUACAAUUCCAGCAGCACAAGUAUCAAAGUCGAAUGGUAUCUCAAUAACAGUGAUAUUUCUGUUUAUGUUAAUGCAACGGAAGUCUCAUUCACAGACUCACAAGAUAUGGACGCAAAAAUUAAUAGUUCAUACCCCGAUGUAUUUCUGCAAAAGAACAAUUCAGUCACUGCAACCUUCAAAGGAAUUCUCUCUGAAUCUAUAACAACCAGCGUAUCAUCAACCUAUGGAAUGCUGAAUGCCAUGUCAAGUCUCCCAUCUCAAUUCAUAGAUAAGACUCAAGGAUUGCUUGGGAGGUGGAACUCUAAUCCAGAUGAUGACCUUGUUAAAUAUGAUGGCACAAGCAUUCCAAAGAACAGCUCAGAAGAAGAGAUCUUUAAUUUUGGCAUGACAUGGAGAAUUGACGAAGGCAGCGCAUACAACCUAUUCACUAAGUUCAGUUCGGGACAAAAAGUCAAAAGCUCAGCAACCUUUAAACCUCUAUUUUUGAAUGACCUUAUAGCUCAGAAUUCUACCCAAUAUGAAGCUAUUUCACAAGCGUGCAAAAACAACACAGAAUGUAUCUAUGAUGCCCUGAGCACAAAAAAUCGCUCUUUUGGCUUAGCAACCAUGGAAGUGUCCAAUAGAUUCCAAGUUAUUAAGAAAAUGCUUAAUUCCAACCCUCCUGUCAUAAAUGGAUCUAUCACCAUCUAUGCUUUUAUGGGUGAAACAGUUACUUCAUUGUACCGUUCCAAUAGCACAGUUACUUUUUCUGCGGCUGAGAGUUAUCCUGAUGUAACUGUAUCAGCUUUGGGAGUUCUGACAUGGAAACCAACCAGCAAAAAGGGAUUUAACUUCCUGAUUGUGGCUAAAGAUUCUGAAAACCUCGCUUCCUCCCUUCAAAUUAAGUUUGUGCUCUGCGACUGUCGUAUCAAAGAGGAAUGUAACAAUGCACAAACAUACAUGGUCAAUGAAACUUCUCUUUCUAUCGCAAGUUGUAAUUGCAAAAAUAAUUACACUGGAGAUUUCUGCAAAACAGCCCCUAAUCUUUGCGCUCAAGAAUGUUUUCCUGGGGUAACGUGUAACAGUAGAACUGGGUGUGGUCCAUGUCCCGCAGGCCUCACUGGAGAUGGGCUACAAUGUAAAGAUAUUAAUGAAUGUGAAUCAAAUAAUCUUUGUCCUGCGCAUUCUACAUGUGUAAACAGCCUUUCCAGCUAUAAAUGCAUUUGCAAUGAGGGCUAUACAUGGAACGGCGUAGCAUGCUGUAGUGCAUGUGACCAAAUUUACUGCAACAAUGGAGGAACCUGCAUUAAUACUGGAGAAUCCUGUACCAAGAAAUGUAUUUGCCACCCAGCCUUUAGUGAUAGUUCCUGCACAGUUGCCGGCAACAAUUUCCCAGCAGCACUUAGAAAUGGCACACGGAGCAGAACAAUAAUUUUAACACUUAAAUCUUCCGAAAAUAUCUCAAAACAGGAUGCAUUUGACAAGGUCAAUGCCACCAUGGAAUUGUAUUCAAUAAAACAGCUUAAGGAUGUUGUGACUCUAGGAAAUUCAUUCACAAAUGGUUUACCUACCAAUUUUACUGCAGAGUUUACAUAUAUUGCAAAUGGUUUAGCAAUAUCAAGACUAAAUGAUUUAGCAGUGCCACUGAUACAGCAGGAUAUCUCUAAAACAAAUAAUGGAAGAUCUGUAACAAAUAUUACCAUAACACAUGUUUAUGAUGGUGACAGAUUGACUUUAGGAGAACUGAAAAAUGCAUUCACCUGUGAUUUGUAUGGAUAUAGCGGAUACACAUUAAACACGGAAACCUUUGAAUGCGUGUCAGAUUGUGUUAAUUGUAAGAACGAUGCCAGCUGCUAUCAUCUGAAAAAUGAAACUAUAUGCAGGUGCAAGCCUUUCACCAUGUACACCACGUCAGGGAAGCAUUGCGAAAUUCUCUCUAUGAACCUGAAUGCUUUCUUUGGGAUAUUGUUUGGCGCACUGGCUUUCCUCUUCCUUUUUAUGAUCGGUGUUGGACUUGCUAUCUACUUCUGCCGCAAGAAGAAGAGAAAUAUCGCUGAUGAUACGGAACAGUUUUACAAUACAGAGAUUGUGUGGAAAAAAACACCAUUUUCAUCCUCUAAGAUGAAAAAAUCAUCAAUACCAAAUUUAACACAAACGGCAAAGGAACCACAUCUAAUCAGUUGGACACCUAAUCUGGAGAAAGUUGACAUUUCCCAAGAGGUAAAGAUAAAAAGACCAGAUGUGAGUUUCUGAACAUUGACUCAAACAGAAAAGACGUUUUAAGCAGUUUUUUAAUGAAGUUUUAGCUGGUUUUCUAAAACUGAGAAGUAGUGUACGAGGUUUAAAACAAACUGAUCUACAUCUACAAAGAUCUAUCUCAUUGUUGUGAAACAUAUUAUAUAUGAAAACUGCCAGGGCAACAAAGGAUCAAAGUCUGCUUUAUAUUUAUUUAUCGCUGAUGUGCACCUUUCCUUUAAGAAGAAGGGCUCAGACUGUACCAAUAAAGUGCAUCUGCUGUUUAGUGAUUAAGGAUACGUGUGUACCCAUAUAAACAUUGACAAAUAAUGAGGUGCCAAAUUAAAGACCAGCUGCUUUGGGGGAUUGACAAGAGUGAUGAACAAUGGGUUCAUUAUUUUAUUAAAGAAAAUAUUUAU